AUGCAAACUGACACUGUGGACCAGAAACAAGCGCACACGCAAACACCUGAACCACCACCAUAUAGGAAACCAGCGUGCGGGAACAAACCAACUGAUGGAAGCUCAUCAUAUACUAACAGUCUUAUUCAAUGUUCAAUCGACUUAACCGAUACCAGUGGUCUGGAGAGUGAAGUUGAGUGUCCUACUGACGAGGUACUGUUGGAGCCUUGUACCGAAGAACCGGCUGCCCUGCCAUCACCGGCAGCAACAAAUAAAAACAACCCAAACGACCGUAGGAAGAUACUUGUUUUUGGUGACGAGUAUGCCAGGAACUUCAGAAAAGUUCUAGAACUGUACAUUGACAAAUCCAGGUUUACCAUUGAGUCCUAUGUAAAGCCAAAUAUCGAGUUUGUAAUGGCGACCAAGGAUAUAUUCACCAAAACAAUACCUUAUGGAAAAGAUGACUUUGUAAUUUUCAUGAUUAAGACUCAAAAUAUCAAUAGUUCCUAUUGUUUAAACAAGGGUUUAUGCAACCUUCUACCACUUGGCCGCACUACCAACUUAAUAUUUCUGUACGAAUUAAGUUCACACGCUGAUAAUAACCUUAUAAAUAGAAUAAAUUCCAAAGUUACCACUUAUAGGAAAUUUAACAGAAAUACGUCAAUAUCGCUCACCUAUGACAAUCGCAUGAAAGGUUCAAAACAGGGCAUUGCAGGAUAUGUUCAUGAUAUCCUACUGAGCAACCCAUAUAAAAAUAAUAUGACGUUGAAGACAAUUAAUACUGAAUCAGUACCAUGUCAUAAGCGGUUUUUUCUUGAAUGA